UAGGAAGAGCCGGCCCUGCAUGUACAUAUAUUGAACAUUUUCCCACUUGGUCCUUAAUGCAAUUUAUUUAAUGAUAUUUAUGGUCUGCUGCAGUGUUAAUAACUAUUUAAGCUGUGUUCACAACAUAGCAUGAUAAACAACUAAAAUGUUGGCCAGAACGAAAAGAACGUGGAUAAUACCGGAAUAAAUAAAAAUCGAUAUAUAUUUAAUAAAAACGUGAGCACGUACAAAUACGCACGCACGCGCGCCAUAAAUUGCCAUGGCAACCGAACGAUGACCCGACCGAGGGUAUUUAAGGUCAGCGGACUUCCUGAACGUUCCUUUUGCACUUUGACUUGAACACGAACUUUAAACCUCUUGUGAAAGCAAACUGCUGAGAACGAAAUCUUUGAGUUUUUGACUGCUGGACGGAAUCUACUGGAUACGAAUAUUGUUGGAGAAGUGAACGACUACAUAACAUCUUUUGUGGAGCACAGACGAGGCUGAAACAGGCCCUCAGGAGCGGCGGAGCAUCGAGGACGACCACCUGCUGAAGGAAGUUGGCUGUGAUUGGAACCUUCGGUGUUCAAAUGGCCCGACGGUGCAGCUACACCAGCGUCCAGAUCCCGGACCUUAACCGGCCCGGGAUCCUGCGGACCAUCCUCAGGAUCAGAGGACCGUCCUCCCUGAUCGGCACCUCACCUGGGCCGUCUCCUCCCUCCUCUGGUACCUUCUCCUUUCCCUCUUCUUCAAGCUCCUCCUCUAAUUCUUCUGGCUCCUCUUCUAGUUCUUCUAGCUCCUCCUCUAAUUCUUCUGGCUCCUUUUCUCGUUCUUCUAGCUCCUCCUCUAGUUCUUCUUCUAGCUCCUCUUCUAGUUCUUCUAGCUCCUCCUCUAAUUCUCCUGGCUCCUCUUCUCGUUCUUCUAGCUCCUCCUCUAGUUCUUCUUCUAGCUCCUCUUCUAGUUCUUCUAGCUCCUCCUCUAAUUCUCCUGGCUCCUCUUCUCGUUCUUCUAGCUCCUCCUCUAGUUCUUCUUCUAGCUCCUCUUCUAGUUCUCCUAGCUCCUCCUCUAAUUCUUCUGGCUCCUCUUCUCGUUCUUCUAGCUCCUCCUUUAAUUCUUCUGGCUCCUCUUCUAGUUCUUCUAGCUCCUCCUCUAGUUCUUCUUCUAGCUCCUCUUCUAGUUCUUCUUCUCGCUCCUCCUCUAAAUCUUUCCGUAGCAUCCCCUCAAUUUCCACCCAUGGACAAGGUAAGUCUUUAAAGGUAAGUCCCCAUGAACCAUUAUCUAAAAGGAGCUGUGCUAGAGUGGAGUGCGUAUACGAGUUAAACAGCCGGUGGUUUAAAAGAGCCACUGGUACUCCAGACAUUAAACCUUUGCUUAAGCCUCCUCAGGGACCCGGGGAACCAUCGCAGGUAAGUCCCCCUGAGCCUCCUCAGGGACCCGGGGAACCAUCGCAGGUAAGCCCCCCUGAGCCUCCUCAGGGACCCGGGGAACCAUCGCAGGUAAGUCCCCCUAAGCCUCCUCAGGGAUCAGGGGAAGCAUCGCAGGUAAGUCCUGGUGAGUAUCGUCCGUUAUGGGACCAGCCUGAGCCAGAUUGGGUGGUAGAUAUGAGGGUUUAUCUAGAGUGGAGAGACCAGUUUGACAGCUGGUGGUGCAAUAGACGCACUGAUGCUCCAGGUAAUGUUAGGAACCAUAAUCCAAAUAAGAAUGUUUAUUCGUUUGAAAAGAAUUUAUCCGAGUUUGAAAUUACUUACAUGGAGUAAAAUGAUUUACAUGUUUACAUUCAUUUUUAAGUUUCAUCAUGCUGUAUUUUUUGUAUUAAGUUGUAUUUAUUUGUAUGUUUUUAUUUUAUAGUAUUUCAGUAAUAAUACACUUUCAAUCCUGGAAGACAGCUCCAGAAACCUGCUCAACCUCCAGCUUGGUCCAGAUCCAGGCCUGACACCUCCAUCCUUCAGUCUUCAAGAAGUCUGCAGUCUUCCUGAACCGCCAUCUCUGGUCCGUGCCGUUGACCUGAAACUCACCUCCACUUGGCUUAACAUCUACAAUCUUCCGCUCCUGGCCUGAGCCUUCACCCGACACCUCCAUCCUUCAGUCUUCAAGCAGUCUGCAGUCUUCCUGGACCGCCAUCUCUGGUCCGUGCCGUUGACCUGAAAGCCACCGCCAAGAGAUCGUCCCUUCUACGACCGUCGGUCAACCUGCUGGACUUCGCCUCACCACACUUCGGCCCCCUGACACGCCCGCAUCUCUCGUGGGUCAAGGAUUCUGUGAAGGGCCCACUCCUGGAACCAGAAAGUCGUAGACUACUGGUGUUUUUCCGUUUUGUGGUUUUUGGUAUCUGACUCAACAAAAUAAACCUUUUUGUUUUACCCCAUCUGAUCUGGUCUGCGUCUGGGUCCUGUCCGAGGUAACCGUGACAGUUAUGUUCCAGGAAGCUGUGGUGAAGGAGCUCAAAUGAGGUUUUUAUUAAGUAGAGCCUUAAUGUCUGCACUGGUGCCUUUGGACCAGAUAAUAUGUCCACCCAGUCACACAGGUUGUUGAUGGUCAAGAAGCUACAGCUGUGUAUUACUGUUCUACCUCUUCCUCGAAAGGCCUAUACAGAUUAACUCUGGGUUUGUUGUCAUACAGUCAUCGAAUGUUUAGUUUGUUAUAUCUAUAAGAUGCUAAAUACAUGUUAAUGAUUAUACAUACAAGUAUAUUCAAAAGUCGGAAUUUAUUCUUUCUACUGACGGAUGUAUAGCUAGAAUUAUCUUGGAUUGGGAAUCAUUUCUUAUUUUCUUAGAUUCUUUCAAUAAAACUGUUGGUAAACAAAACCACAUCUCCCUUCUAUGGAUAAAAUCUGUGUGCCU